ACAUUUUAUUUGUAAACAACACAUUUUCAACAAGAAUAACAUUCUAUCUGCAAUCAGAUCGCUGCGUCCAUCAGUAAUCUUUCGUCCAUUGGUGAACGAUCAGACGUUGAUAAUGAAAACUGCGUACGCUGUUUUUUUCGGAUUCCACGUUUUGUGUUCCGUCGGAUUCACUGCUUCCUUGAGCACAACGGAACUUACAAAUGAAGCAUUUACUGUGACUGAAGAUGAUUUAUCUGCAACUGAGUCUGCCGAAGAAAUAUCAUACGUAAAUCGAACUGAAGCAAAUGUUGAUCUAACUAAGAGUAAAAUCAACGAUUCGGAAAUAUUUGAAAAUGGCCAAACAACUAAAGAAGACUACCAAAGGUCAUUCGUAUAUAUACAAAAUACUAAAUCUCGAUUACCGUGGAAGACUAGGACACGUGGACGAUUCUUUCUAGACGAUUUCAGUAACGCCAAAGCAGUAGUACGUGGUGGAAAUGACAAUUUAAGGCCGUUCAAAGGUGUGCAGCAACCAGUAAGAAACAAUCAUUACAAAGAAACAACCCCGGCUCACAACUUGCGAGGGAAUAUAAACGAAAAUAAAUACGUUUCUAGAAAUUUUCCUUUCCCAACGAAAUUGAAUAUAGAAAAUAAAAUAGGAGCGAAAAUGGAUGGAAAGCGACCAUCCGUCCCAUAUAAUGAUAGAACUAUGCUGGCGUCUAGAGCCGAUGCAUCACGGCCUUACUAUCCCAAAAAAGGAUAUCAAUCACCCUACAAAAUAAAACCUCCACAACAACAAAACACUAAAAAACAAAUUGAACAUAAAGUUAAUAAAAGUGUUCGCUUUCCGUAUCAACACGGUAAUCAUUACAAAAUGCCUUAUGCAGCGCCAAUUUCUGCAACAAUUCAUGUACCCACUGUAUUAUACGAAAAUAAAAAUACUGAAAAAAAUAACAAGUACUCUCCACAUAGCGAAGGAUUAUAUGAAAGUCAGUUCAAUUGCUUCAACAAGGACUGUGCGAGUAAGUCAAAUAAUUAUCGUGUGAAUAUGAAUAAUGGGAUAAUGCGUGGGAUGAAUUGUGUGUGCCAGAAUUUGCCUAUGUUUCAUAAUAAGCAGGCUCAAGAUUGGCGGGUAAGUAAAAAGCCUUUGACUGCGAGUGAACAAGCAUAUAUUCGAGCUCUCAACACAAACAAUACUGACGAUUAUUCUUACGAACAACUGAUUAAAGAAAUGAAGAAAUUGACUCGAAUAGUGGACGGAUUGGAUAGCAACAGCAAAUGA